CCCUGCGCUUUUAUUAGCGGGGUACUCAGAAGCGGAUUUGCUCCGGAAAACAAAAUCCAAAACCCUCGCGCGUUCGGUUCGGUCGAUCGGCAAUCGCGAUGGAUUACGAGCGCGGAGGCGGUGGUGGGCGCGGCCGCGGGAGGGGCCGUGGUGGCGGAGGCAGCGCCGGCGGCGGCGGAAGAGGAGGUGGGUACGGCGGCCGCGGAGGAGGUGGGUACGGCGGCCGCGGAGGAGGCGGGUACGACGGCGGCGGCCGCGGAGGAGGCGGGUACGACGGCGGCGGAGGAGGAGGAGGAGGGGGAUACGGGCGUUACGAAGGAGGAGGCUACGGCGGGGGCCGUGGAGGCGGCGGCUACCACGGCCCGCCUCGCGGAGGCGGAUAUGGCGCGGGAGGGCGUGGCCCCGGCGGUGGUGGCAGACAGGCGUACGGCCCCGGCGGUGGGCGCGGCGGGAGCGCGUGGGCGCCGCCGCCGGGUUCGGGGAGAGGUCGCGGCGGCGGCGGCAACGGAGCGGAGUACGUCCCCGUCACCAGGGCGCCCGCGCCGGCGCCUACAUCAAUGGGGAUCGCGCCCAAGGACAAGGAGGCGCUUAGCGCGUCGGGGUCCGUCGAACGCAUUGACUCCAGUGAAUUGGCAAGAGGAAAACCUUCAUCAUCACUAGUUGCCACGCCUUACGCUGGAGCACGUGUGCCAAUGCAAAGACCUGAUCGUGGAGGCUCAUCAUCUCAAGCAAAUGUCAAACUUUUGGUGAACCAUUUCAUUGUCAAGUACCGAAAGGCGACAACAAUUUUUCAUUAUGACAUAGACAUCAAGCUUGAUCAAGCUUCCCCUAAGGCUUCGGGCAAGGAGCUCUCCAAGGCAGAAUUUCUUUCUGUCAAGGAUGAGCUCUUCAAGGACACCAGCUUUCGACGUCUUUCGUCAUGUGUUGCUUAUGAUGGCGGACGAAAUCUAUUCACUUCUGCUGAACUUCCAGAAGGUUUAUUUCGUGUGAGAGUUCGGUCCAAGACCUACAUUGUAUCUGUAGAUUUGAAGAAACAGCUGCCAUUAAGUCAACUCUCAGAGUUACCUGUGCCUAGAGAGGUCUUGCAGGGUCUUGAUGUCAUUGUGCGUGAGGCCUCUAGAUGGCGCAAGAUUAUGGUUGGUAAAGGAUUUUACUCACCAAAUAGCAGUCUGGACAUUGGGCAGGGUGCUGUGGCUCUGAAAGGAGCACUACAGACCCUUAAACAUACUCAGCAAGGGCUGAUCCUAUGUGUUGACUAUUCAGUUAUGCCGUUUUACAAAGCUGGGCCAGUGAUGGAUCUUGUUGAGAAGAUAGUGGGGCGCCUUGAUUACAGGACAACUCUGAACAAGUGGCAACUGGAAAAUUUGGAGUAUGAGCUUAAAGGCCGACGUGUGACUGUGAUUCACCGCAGGACUAAUCAGAAGUACAUUGUGCAAGGUUUGACACCCUUGCCUGCCGGCCAGUUGACCUUUGUGGAUGCUGAAACCGGGCAAACGAAUAGGCUUGUUGAUUAUUAUGCUCAGAAACAUGGCAAGGUGAUUGAGUAUCAGAUGCUUCCAUGCCUGGAUUUGAGCAAGAGCAAGGACAAAGCCAAUCAUGUGCCAAUUGAGCUUUGCACUCUUCUUGAAGGGCAGAGGUAUCCAAAGGCAAAUUUGGAUAGGAAUUCUGAUAGAACACUAAAAUCGGAGGCCCUAAUUCCUGCAUUUAAGCGGAGGAAGGAGAUUCUGGACUUGGUGAAUGCUACAGAUGGGCCUUGCAGUGGUGAAAUAGCACCGCAAUUUGGGAUUUCCUUGGAUGUGCAAAUGACUGAAGUCAUGGGUAGGAUCCUUCCCCCACCCAACCUAAAACUUGGCGCCCCCAAUGGCCAGACCAGCAAAUUCAGUAUCAACCACGAGAGUUGCCAGUGGAACCUUAUGAAUAAGAAACUAGUAGAGGGCUGGGAUCUUCAGUGCUGGGGCAUCGUGGACUUCAGUGCACGUACUUCUCACCCCAGGGAGGAGUCCCUCAAUGGAUGGAUGUUUGUGGAAAAGAUAGUCAGGAAGUGCUGUGAGCUCGGCAUCCGGAUGAACACUGAUCCAUGCUUCGUGCACAAGUCAGAAAUGGCAGUGCUCUCUGAUCCACAUCGACUGCACGAGGAGCUAAACAAAGCAAAACAAGCAGCAGUGAGCAAGGAGCAGAGGCUGCAACUCCUGUUCUGCCCGAUGUCCGAGCAGCACCCAGGUUACAAGACACUGAAGCUGAUUUGUGACACGCAACUGGGGAUCCUCACCCAGUGUUUCCUGAGCAAAAUUGCGAACAAGCAGCAGGGCCAGGACCAGUACAUGACCAACCUUGCCCUUAAGAUCAACAGCAAGCUUGGGGGCAGCAACGUCCAGCUGUAUGACUCGCUCCCACGUGUCAGCGGUGCGCCAUUCAUGUUCAUCGGAGCUGACGUUAACCAUCCGUCACCCGGGAACGUGGAGAGCCCGUCAAUUGCAGCUGUGGUCGCGUCUAUCAACUCUGGCGUCAACAAGUACGUGUCAAGAAUCCGCGCCCAGCCACACCGCUGCGAGGUGAUCCAGCAGCUUGGUGAGAUCUGCCUGGAGCUCAUUGGAGUCUUUGAGAAGCAGAACAGCGUCAAGCCAAAGAGGAUCAUCUACUUCCGUGAUGGCGUGAGCGACGGCCAGUUCGACAUGGUCCUGAACGAGGAGCUGGCGGACAUGGAGAAGGCGAUCAAGGUGAACGGCUACUCGCCGACCAUCACCGUGAUCGUGGCCAAGAAGCGGCACCACACGCGGCUAUUCCCUAAGGACCAGGGCCAGCCGCAGACGAAGAACGGCAACGUGCCGCCCGGCACUGUGGUGGACACGGGCGUGGUGGACCCAUCGGCUUACGACUUCUACCUAUGCAGCCACAACGGGCUGCUGGGGACGAGCCGGCCGACGCACUACUACAGCCUGGUGGACGAGCACGGGUUCGGGUCGGACGACCUGCAGAAGCUGAUAUACAACCUGUGCUUUGUGUUCGCCCGGUGCACCAAGCCGGUGUCGCUGGCGACGCCUGUCUAUUACGCCGACCUUGCGGCCUACCGCGGCAGGCUCUACUAUGAGGCGGGCAUGAGGUCGGGAACUUUUGAAGCGGGGAGCUUCCCGAGGCUGCACAAGGACCUGGAGGACAACAUGUUCUUCAUCUGACCCCAAUUCUCUUCACCGGUGUCAUGGAGCAUGGUCUUGUGGUAGAUCAUGCUGCGUUUUGUUGGUCGUGUCUUUUCUUUUGUAAUGCAGUGACUGAAGUUCACUUUUAACUGUACUUGUGUUGCGUUUUUGUCACCCUCGAGAGUUUGAACAGUGGAUCUGGUGUAAACAUGGUUUGAGUUAACGAAACUUUAAUUACUG